AUGAAACGUAGUCCACCUAGCAAAGAAGAUUUAUUAAAAGAAGAAUAUGUUACAACUUUAACUUACUUCUUGCGUGAUAGUAGUGUUUAUGAUUGUUUAUCUAUAAAUAAUCAAGUUUCUGUUGUGGAUAUGACAUUGUCUCUUUUUGAUACUUUCAAGAUAUUUAUUGAUUCUCAUGUCGAUGAGGUGUUGUUUUGGAAUCAAGAGAUUGCUAACUAUGACGGAGUAUUUACAUAGACAGAUCUCAUCAAAACUGUGUUAAAAUGUUAUUACAAUGUUCUCUAUGAAAUUCCAAAUAGUAAUUUAAUAUAAAUCUAUUUUUAGAUAGUUUGGGCGACAAACAAUAUAGCAGCCAUUAUUGAAAUGGAAAAUGAAGAUGAAUCUUAUUCACCAAUCAAAAGAACUAUAUAUGGGAGAUUAACAAUAGAUUAGUUCAAUUAAUUAUUAUAAGAUUUUAAGAAUAUUUCAAUCAAGGCUUGGUUUAAUAGUGUUGGAGAAAAUUUGCAUUAGAAUUGUUUAAUAAAAGCAGAAUUAGAUGAAAAUUUGAAUGAUGUCUGCUAAAAAUUUAUUACAGAAAAUAUUACAAGAAUCAUUGUCAUAGAAAAAGAAUCUAAAAUGGUGGCAGGAAUUAUCUAAUAGAAAGAUAUUCUUAGUUUUCUAGUUAAGGGAUUUAAUUAAUAUUUUGCUUUAAAGAAACAAUAAAAUAAAAUAACUACAACUAAUCACGAAUAACAUGAAUUGUAAAUGGAAUAUUUUAAGGAAGAAGCUUAGAAAUUAAAAUAAUCUCUUCCAGCAGAUAUUCCUGUUUAUGAGUAUCUCUUUUGAAUUUAUUCUUAGUCUAUUCUAUAAAUUAAUUUAUAUUUACAAAAGGAAUACUAUUGCCAUUGUAGAUAAAAACAAUAAAUAUUUGGGAUUAAUUGAUAGAAGAGAUUUCUUAUUUAUUCUAAAAUAUUAGAUGUUUGAUAUAGUAAUUCUUAUAAAUCUUAUUAAUUAGUUAGCAUCUACUGCAGAGAAAUUUUUGUCAUUAAUUAAAACUGAAGAUUCUAAAUAUUUGGCAUAUUACAUUAGAAAUAAAUAGUAAUUCACAUUUAAUUAAACAAUAAAACAAGUAAAUGAAAUUAUUAAAUUUUAUAGGUUGUUGAAAAUCUAUUAUUAUCUCCUAGAGGAAGUUUAGUUUGUUUAGAUAAUGAAUAAAGAUUAAUUUCUAUUUUUUAGAUCUCAGACUUAUUCAAAAUAUUUGUAACGGAUAAUGAGAAUUAAGAAAUUUGUGGAUAAUGA